AUGAUCUCUGGGCUCGAGGCCUAUAUCCGAGACAGCCAGUUGGCCAGUAAAGUUGACCUCACGGGCUCUGUUGUUGGUGUAUCUGGGGAGCUCUUGGCUGAGAUCUCUGUAGACGCGCUGGCGGCAGCAGCCGAGGCCCGUAACUUCACCGUUGUUGUUGUUUUCGAUGGCCCUUCUCGACCUACUCCAGCCAGAGUAAACUCCACAGCCACAUUCGGCCAUCUAGCGGAGUUAAAGAACCGUGGAAUCAAAUUCCUAGUUGCUCCUGGCGUGGCAGCUGCCCAAUUAUCUUAUAUGUAUCGCGAAGGAUUCGUGACCCAUAUUGCCGCUGCCGAUGAUUGCGUGCUGUUUGGCGACGCACCGAUUGUUGUUGGCUUGCUCAGUGAGCCCAAAGUAGUUUCGUUUACCAGCUUGGUUCAAUCAACUCCUUUGUCACCCCAGGACUUUGCAGAAGUCUGUAUCGGUGCUGGAUGCGCACUCAUUCCGGAACGUUGCCCCUUGUACGAUCUCUCAAUGAACCCGAUCAAGGCUGGUCUGAAAGUGGCACAAGUAAGUGGUGGCUCUGUCUUCCGCACCGUCACGCAGCUCGAUGUCGAUUAUGCGGGUCGUUUCCAAACCGCUCUGGCUGCUAUCAACUGGCAGCCGGUUCUCAACGGCAACGGCAUGACAGAGCUGUUGAACCUUCGCAAGUUGCCCGAGCCUCAAGACCUUCGUACACUCAUUGGCUUGAGAUUACCCGACGAGUAUAACUAUUAUCUUUCCAAAGGACUGGUUAGCACUGAGCUCCUGCGCGGGCUAGUUUGGGGUUGGGUAGCCGACGAUGCGUCAAAUGCCCGCGGAGUUCCCCAAGCAGACUAUAAUGCUUUACAAAAGAUUUUAAGCCCUUUGCGGGGUGCGGCUUUGGAUUGGCUGAGCUCUGCCAUCAACCGCUACUUCCAAUUCAGCAAAGUAUCCGAUCGGACUCCCGGCUGUUCAGUCUUGGACCGUAAACGAAUUGCGCCUCUCCGGUCCGAACAACUGUCAACUCCUGAGUUAGUACAGCAGGAGGUAGUCUCACAAGCACAAAAGGUUUCUGGGGCAACCUCUGUCGAGGAGUUGCUAAAGAAGGCCGGAGUGUCUCCUACUCCACAGCUGGAAACCAGUGCUAAACUAGCGUUGAGAUGGCUGGCCGAAGCCAUCCACGUAGCCCUGAUGGCAACAGGAGCUAGUAAAGAGCCUAUUUCAGGUUGGCCGUAA